CUUGUGGCUACGCCUGCAUUAUCUUACAGAAUUUGAAUGCCUUCCUCCUCCACUCUCUUUAUCUUGGCGUCCGAAGGAUUCUAAUUCCCAAUGAAUCAGAAUUGCGUUGAUAAUGCAUCGUUGAGUUCACUCGAAACCAACUUGCGAGCGAGGCCUGUUGAAACCUCGAAUAUUCUUCGCUACGAGAGCACUUUCUCCCCUUCUGGCUGCGAAUUCCCAUAUAACGAGGCCUCACACACUUACCAGAACGAACAGUGUUUUACGUCUGCCACAGGCAGUUUUGAAAACAUCGAUUCUAGUCAUGACUGCAUAGAUGGCAAUGAUAUUGAGGGGGGUUAUCCUCUACAAAACUCACAUACAAUGAUACAGCCAGUGCUACAGCCACUUUACCAAACAAGCCUCUCUCACCCCCUUAGCGGCACUGAGAUGACCACUUGGCCAUCUGGAUUUCUCUCGAAUCCGACGUCUGAAUUGGAAAAUGAAUCUGUUGGUGCGGUAACAUGCCGAAGAAGAGCGCAUCAGAUAGCAGAAAAGCGAUAUCGUGAAAAUAUCGAUCUCAAAUUCCUACAACUAGGGGAAGUCCUAAGUCCGGAUCAUCUCUCCCAGGAUAAUACGAAAAUGGUACCGCACCAAAUGUUUAAACGAAUGAAUCGAGCGGCGAUCCUCAAACACGCCCACGAUGACAUAUUGACUCUCCGAGCAGAGAUAAAAUCAAUCAAAGGAAAAUUUGAGAGCUUGCGGGAGGCAACUUUCCCUGACACAUACAAAUUCACGCUACGUGACGAUUAAAACGGCUUUUGGAUAUAGCACCU